AUGAGUGGAGAACAACCACCUCCAGCAGCAUUCCGGCUGCUGACUUCACUCCCUCCUCUACCGGCACCUACCGUCACAUACGAUGACUUGAUCCAGGGUGAAUUCAAGUUCAACGUUAAUAGCAGGGACGAACAGGACGAGUACGAUGGUGCGGAUGAAGAUAGGGAUAGAUCGUGGGGUCCUGGUGGAUCAGGUAAGAAGAGGAAAGUACCUAACAUGGGAAUGAAGAGACCAGGUACUCCAGAAGAUUUAUGGAAUAAUCAAAGUCAAAGUCAAACUACCGAUGGUGGUGUGGAUGAUAAUGAUGAUGUUCAUCAUAAAUAUAUUGAUUCUACCAAUCAACCAUCAUCAUCGACUAAUACCCCCCCUUUACCUUUUAUAAGAAAAAAAUUGAGAUUGAGUCCAGCAAGGAGAUUGAUAGAAUGGAAAAAGCAAUUAUUCAUCAAACGAAAAUCCAAUUUCAUUUCACUUUACAUCGAUGCUCAGAACGCUUUGGCUGAGACCGGUCAAUCGAAAAAUAACGAUAACAGCAACAAGAACGGUAACAUUGCCAAUACGCAGGGUCCAAGUAAGAGUCGAAAAACGGAUACCAAGUCAACGACUGUGACAGGUAGAAAAUCGAAUUUACCUGAUGUGAGUGAAUUUGAAAAAUUGUUACCUGCUUUGGAAGAUGUCAAUUUGGGUUCAUGGACACCGGAUCAACAUGGUUGGAAGAAUAAUCAACCCCUCCAACCUGUAAAGUUCAGGACUUCAAUCAAGUUUAGAAAGAAAGAGUGGUUGAGGAGUAAGAUGAAAGAUGUCAAGAGAAAGGGAUGGUUUCCUGAAGGUAGUUUUGAAUUCGAGUUGGAAUCUAAGGCCUCGUCAACACUCCGUGCGAAAGCGAGAGAACAAUCUGCCUUACUCAAAUUAGCAAAUGAACUUCGAUCACUCAUCAUCACUUCCAACAAGAUCUCCUCUGUUGUCACUACAACCACCACUUCGACCGACCACAGUAAUCAAGACGAUGACAAAUCGCCUUUGAAAACUCGUCGAAAGAUAGCUGGUAACAAGGACAUCAAUGCUUCAGCUGUUGAUCCCGGAAAUACACAGUCAGAUUCGAAAGAAGAGAGUCAACCGAUGUCACAGAGUCAAUCUAAAGAUUCAAAUGAAACGAAAACCACUGCCACCGGAGGGGCGAAGAAGAAGCCUAAAAAGAAGAAGAGAAGUGUUUUGGCUAAUCAAAGUAAUCCGCAUCAUGUCGAUAAUUAUCGUCCAUCAAGAACCGUCUCACCUUAUGGCGACCCAUACGAACCCUAUUCAUCCCAUUUAUCACUCUUCAACCCACCUCCCAUGGUCUUCCUGGCCACUCGUACACGACACAAACCUAAAGCACAACAAGCUUCUAACGAACUUACCGUAAAUAAUGAUAUCAACGUUGAUUACAACCCGGAUAUUCGACCUAACGAAGAUGACUUCAUCUGUUGUUUCUGCGAAUACGACUUGUAUUACUCUACUGAAUCUAUGCGCAAGAAAGCGAUAAGGAGGAGGAAGAAGGAGAUCAAAAGGAAAGAAAUGAUCAAGAAUAAAGCUAAGAAUGUAGCUGAAGGUAAAAAAGGCUCGUUAAGGAAUGAAUCGGAUUACGAUUCUCAAGAAGAGGAUGAGGAGGACGAGGAAGAAGACGAAGAUGGUUUUGCGGAAGAUAGCGAUGAAGAUAAUUGUCAUGAUGAUGGACAUGGACGGUGCACGUGCGGAAGGAGAGUGAAAAAACCGAAACCUGAUAGAGAUAAAGAAGAUGGAUGA